AUGGCGCCCCUUGUGGAUAAUCCCCAGAUCAAGGUCGCCGAGCUGUGGAAGCCUCUCCCAAUCUACCUCCACGCCUACGUAUGGCCCUUUGCCAUUCUCUGGCCCAUCUUCCUGCGCUACUAUCUCACCCCCGAGCUUUAUGAGAAGCACAUCGCAUCCGAGGAAUGGACCUUUGUGUGGAUCGGUUCUAUCGUCACCCUCCAGUCCCUCGCCUGGUUGACCACCCACUGGAGCGUCAACCUCCAGGCCCUCUUCACUGCCACUCGCGCCACCUCAGUUGAAGAGGCUGAGCUGGUCAAGGUUAUCCCCGUGGCCAAUGCCGGCUCUGCCGAUAUCUGCAAAAUCGUUCGCGACAAGGUCGCCGGCAAGGUCAACACCUCAUUCUAUUUCCAGAAGCGACGUUUCAUCUACUACCCCGAGGACAAGUGCUUCCGAACCCUCGCCUACGAUAUCGAUGCCGAGCCGAAGCCCAAGAUCGGACGCUACCAGCAGUCCAGGGGCAUCACAACCCAGGACGAGCUCAAGAGGAUCGAGGAGCACUACGGCCCCAAUGCCUUUGAUAUUCCCGUCCCCACCUUCACCGAGCUUUUCAAGGAGCACGCCGUCGCGCCCUUCUUUGUCUUCCAGAUCUUCUGUGUCGGUCUCUGGAUGCUGGACGAAUACUGGUACUACUCGCUCUUUACCCUCUUUAUGCUGGUCGCCUUCGAGAGCACCGUCGUCUGGCAGCGCCAGCGCACCCUCAUGGAGUUCCGCGGAAUGAGCAUCAAGCCGUACGAAGUCUACGUAUACCGCCUGGGCAAGUGGACCGAGAUCAUGAGCGAUCAGCUCCUGCCCGGUGACCUCGUCUCUGUUGGACGCACCAAGGAAGACAGCGGCGUCGCCUGCGAUAUGUUGCUCGUCGAGGGAACUGCCAUCGUGAACGAGGCCAUGCUCUCUGGCGAGAGUACCCCUCUUCUGAAGGAUUCCAUCCAACUCCGCCCCGCUGACGCCGCGCUCGAGCCCGAGGGUCUCGACAAGAACGCCUUCCUCUGGGGUGGCACCAAGGUCCUGCAGAUUACUCACGGCAACCCUGACGAGGAGAAGCCCAAGCUGGCCUCCGGUGUCCCCCCUCCUCCUGACAACGGCGCCAUGGCCAUCGUCCAGAAGACCGGCUUCGAGACGUCUCAGGGCAGCUUGGUCCGCACCAUGAUCUACUCUACCGAGCGUGUAUCUGCCAACAACGUCGAGGCCCUGCUCUUCAUUCUGUUCCUCUUGAUUUUCGCCAUCGCUGCUUCAUGGUACGUCUGGGACGAGGGUGUCAAGAAGGACCGCAAGCGCUCCAAGCUCCUGCUUGACUGCGUCUUGAUCGUCACCAGUGUUGUUCCCCCCGAGCUGCCCAUGGAACUUAGUCUUGCGGUCAACACUAGCUUGGCUGCCCUGGCCAAGUACGCCAUCUUUUGCACCGAGCCGUUCCGCAUCCCCUUCGCUGGUCGCGUUGAUGUCGCCUGCUUCGACAAGACCGGUACCCUGACCGGCGAGGACUUGGUUGUCGAGGGCAUUGCCGGUUUGGGACUGGGCCAAGCCGCUGGUACGGACACUCCCCGUGAAACGGAUGGUGCCCACUCGCAGAUGACGCCGGUCAACGAGAUCCGUCUGGACACAACUUUGGUUCUUGCCACUGCUCAUGCUCUUGUCAAGCUUGACGAGGGCGAGGUUGUUGGCGACCCCAUGGAGAAGGCUACACUGACAUCUCUUGGCUGGACUCUUGGAAGAAAUGACACCCUCGCCAGCAAGCCUACCACGGCUGCUACUACUGGCAUUAGCGGAACCGUUCAGAUCAAGCGCCGCUUCCAGUUUUCCUCCGCCCUCAAGAGACAGAGUGCCGUCGCGACUGUCAACGGUGCAGACAAGCAGGGCAACAGGAUUCGCGGUACCUUUGUCGGUGUCAAGGGCGCUCCCGAAACCAUCAUGAAGAGGCUGUCUUCCGUCCCGACAGACUACGAAGAGACGUACAAGUACUUCACCCGCCGUGGCUCUCGCGUUCUCGCUCUCGCUUACAAGCAGCUUACUGUUGACAAUGAGCUUGGGGGCAGCAAGAUCAACGAGCUGAAGCGUGAGAAUGUCGAGUCUGGACUCACCUUUGCUGGAUUCCUCGUCCUGUCCUGCCCCCUGAAGGAAGAUGCCAAGCAGGCUGUGCAGAUGCUCAACGAGAGCAGCCACCGCGUUGUUAUGAUUACCGGAGACAACCCUCUCACCGCCGUGUACGUCGCCAGAGAUGUCGAGAUCGUAGACCGCGACGUCUUGAUCCUGGACGCCCCUGAAGACAAUGAGGGGGGUGACAAGCUCGUCUGGCGCAGCGUCGACGAGAAGACAGUCAUCCCGGUUGAUGCCACCAAGCCCCUAGACGCCAAGAUCAUUGAGAACAACGACCUCUGUGUUACCGGCUACGCCCUUGCCAAGUUCAAGGACCAGGUUGGCUGGAAACAGAUUCUCCGUCACACCUGGGUCUACGCGCGUGUCUCGCCCAAGCAAAAGGAGGAUAUCCUUGUUGGUCUCCGAGACAUGGGCUACUACACUCUGAUGGCCGGUGAUGGAACCAACGACGUCGGCGCUCUCAAGCAAGCUCACAUUGGCAUAGCCCUUCUCAACGGCACUCAAGAGGAUCUCACUCGCAUUGCCGAGCACUCCCGCAACACCAAAAUGAAGGAGAUCUACCAGAAGCAGGUCGACCUGAUGAAGCGAUUCAACCAGCCAGCACCCCCCGUCCCCGUCAUGAUUGCCCACCUGUAUCCUCCUGGUCCCAGCAACCCCCACUUCAACAAGGCUGUCGAGCGGGAGGCGCAGAAGAAGAACGUCACCCCUGACGAAUGGCUCAAGGCCAACGGCAUCAGCGCCAUCGAGACCGUCACUUCCCCCGGUGCCCAGCAGCUUCUCAACAAUGACCCCAAGGCUGCUCGUCAGGCCAAGGCUGCUGCAAACGCGGCUAGCUUCGCCGACAAAAUGACCUCGAGCAUGAUGGAGAACGAGAUGGGCGACGAUGAGCCCCCCACCCUAAAGCUUGGUGAUGCCUCCGUUGCCGCCCCUUUCACAAGCAAGCUGCGCAACGUCAUUGCUGUCCCGAACAUCAUCCGCCAGGGCCGCUGCACGCUUGUUGCGACCAUUCAGACCUACAAGAUUCUCGCACUCAACUGUCUCAUCAGCGCCUACAGCCUGAGUGUCCUGUACCUCGAGGGUAUCAAGUUCGGUGACGGCCAGUACACAAUUAGCGGUAUCCUGAUGAGCGUCUGCUUCCUGUCCAUCUCACGCGCCCGGGUUGUUGAGGGUCUGUCCAAGGAGCGUCCUCAGCCCAACAUCUUCAACUUCUACAUCAUCGGUUCGAUUCUGGGACAGUUUGCCGUCCACGUUGUUACCCUGAUUUACAUUGCCCGCUUCUGCGACAGACUUGAGCCCCGCUCUGGCGACGUUGACCUCGAGGCCGAGUUCGCCCCCAGUCUGCUCAACAGCGCUGUUUACCUGCUCCAGCUCAUCCAGCAGAUCAGCACAUUCGCCAUCAACUACCAAGGGCGCCCGUUCCGUGAAGGUCUCCGCGAGAACAAGGGUAUGUUCUACGGCAUUGUCGGAGUCUCUGCCCUGGCCUUCUCCUGCUCGAUGGAGUUCAUCCCCGAGAUCAACGAGCAGAUGAAGCUGGUCCCCUUCACCGAUGAGUUCAAGAUGACGAUGACGGGCAUCAUGGUCAUGGACUAUGCCGCCUGCUGGGUGAUCGAGGUCGUCCUCAAGCACCUCUUCUCCGACUACCGCCCGCGCGACAUCGCCGCCCGCAGACCCGAGCAGCUGGAGCGCGAGCGGAUCCGCAAGGAGGCGGAGCAGAAGAAGAAGGAUGAGGAGGAGGAGCAGAAGCGCCUGGAAAAGGUGGCCGAGUUCGAGCGCAAGGUGGAGGAACGCCGCCAGCAGCUCGAGGCGUGGAGACAGGGCCGGAGGCAGUAA